AUUCUUCCCUAGUCCGAGAUCUAAAGUAUAAACUUCGCAGCAAAGAAAAUAAUUGCCAAUGGCAAACAGGGCCUUCACAAAUCUCAAAACGCCAACGUUAAAACAGAGGAGAGAGAGAGAGAGAGGCAGUCUCUAGCUGCUUCCGAGUUGAGGUGGGGUGAGUUGACUCAGUGAGGAAGCAGCAGGCCGGAGCGGAGCGUAGCAGAGGAUGGGUCAGGAAUCGUUCAUAUACAGCUUCGUGGCUCGGGGGACCAUGGUGUUGGCGGAGUACACCGAGUUCACUGGGAACUUUCCGGCGAUCGCGACCCAGUGUCUUCAGCGACUCCCCUCCUCCAACAACAAGUUCACCUACAACUGCGAUCACCACACCUUCAACUUUCUUGUCGAAGACGGUUACGCUUAUUGUGUCGUUGCAAAAGAAUCCGUUGGUAAGCAGGUUUCUAUUGCAUUUUUGGAACGAAUAAAAGCGGACUUUAAGAAAAGAUAUGGAGGUGGUAAAGCAGAUACUGCUAUUGCCAAAAGUCUCAACAAGGAGUUUGGACCAAUUAUGAAAGAGCACAUGCAGUAUAUCAUAGACCAUGCAGAAGAGAUUGAAAAGCUACUAAAAGUGAAGGCUCAAGUUUCGGAAGUUAAAAGUAUCAUGCUGGAAAAUAUUGACAAGGCUCUUGAUAGAGGGGAAAAUCUUACUACACUUGCUGAUAAGACCGAAAAUCUUCGCUCUCAGGCACAAGACUUCAAGAAACAAGGGACACAAAUUCGGCGGAAGAUGUGGUACCAAAACAUGAAAAUUAAGCUAGUUGUUCUCGGAAUCUUAUUGCUGCUGGUCCUAAUAAUUUGGGUUUCAAUUUGCCAUGGAUUUGACUGCACCAACUAGAAAUUCUUCAGACAGCUCGGAGUUUUAAUUAUACACACAACUGAGCUUCAACUCAAAUUGUUUUGAGUUCAGCCUAGUGAAGAUAUGGGAUCAUGAAUGAAAAAUCCCCAACCUUAUUUGUAAGUUGAAAGCUUCAGUGCUGUCCAUAGAGCUGCAAAAUCAAAGGAAUCCUUGUUUUCCAUAGAGAGAGAGAGAGAGAGAGAGAGAGAGAGAUAGAGAGAUGUAUCAUGAGUUGUGCUAUGAGGUCUGGUGAAAGAAUGCGGUGAUGUGCUUUUUCUGGUUAAAUUGAAUUUUGAAAUUGUGAUAGUGCAAAGGUUUUGGUAGUAAGAUCAUCCCAUUGAUGUUCCAAAGAACUCAUCAAAACCUUUUUGUGGGUGUCCUUUGCAGGGUGGGUUGGGAAAGAAGUGCCUCGACCACACAGGAUGGUAGCCUGCUUGCAAAUGUGUAGGAGGGCCAAGUUGUCUGGGGGUGAACAGAAGUUGGCAAAAAAAGAGAGGGGUUGUUGAGGUUUUGAAAGUUGGAUAUAGGGGUUAGUAUGCUCUAGUAAAUGUUGCUGUCAUAAUUUCAUGGGUAUAUAUAUAUUCCUAGUAAAUGUUCAAUUUGAGAUCGGAAAGCAAGUGAAUUAAGCUGUUAGUGAUUCAGUGAUUUAGCUCGAUGAGAAGGACUCAUUCAUUCUCAUGAUUGAGCGAGUUUUUAAGCUGAGCCUGAAUGAGCUUGAGGUAUUUUGGCCCAAAUUGAGCAUAUGUAGGGGAUUAUUUGGAAUUAAUUGUUGCAAACAAGUUUAGGUCCGAGUUUAAUGAAUAAUAACCUCUUGUUCAACUUUGAACGGGAUGCCUUUAGACUUUGAAUUUGGUUAAUAAUAUUUUAAGAAAAACUCUAAUUUGCUUAACAAUUCAAACUUGGUGAAAGCUCAAUGCGCACAAACAUAUAUUUUUAAAGCCUCCUUUGCCUGCUGAUAAUUCAAAUUACAAUGUCGUGAAAUCAUCAGCAUAAAUUGAAAAUAACUAAAUGUAAUUCUAAAUAACACAAGCAUUGUCAAAACUCAACACUAGUAAUUUUUGGUUAAUGUAUUAUUCACUUCAUUUAUUUGUCUUCGCAAAUUCAUGGCAUGUUACUAACCACAUCCUCGAUGAAACGUCCCAGCGACGCAUAGGCUGACCCUCCUUCUAAAAGGGUCUUCCUACUCUUCUCUUUCAUCUCCUUCACCUUCCCCCUAAUCGCACAGUCUUCCUCCAUCACAACCCUAAUUCCCCUCUCUAUAUCUCCCGCACUUACAAUGCGACUACUCUCUUUCCACACGUCCUUCCUAUAAUCCAAUGUGAUCUCCACGCUCAAUCCCAGUUCCUUCACCAUUUGAAAGGCGUUGAUUUGCUGCUCUGCAUACAUCGGCCACGUGGCAAUCGGAACCCCGCACCACACGCUCUCCAGGGUUGAGUUCCACCCGCAAUGAGACACGAACCCUCCAAUUGAUGGGUGGGACAAGAUCGCCACUUGUGGAGCCCACCCAAUAAUCCUCCCAAUCUCUGCAGUUCGCUCUAUAAACCCUUCCGGCAAUAUUUCUUCGGGCGGCGACGCAUACUCGCCGGGAAGUGGAUGCGUGUUCUUAGGCGGAGGCUUACGUAAGGACCAUAAGAAUCUAUAUCCACUGUUCUCCACUCCACCCGCAAUCUCUUUCACUUGGUCCCUACCGAAACUUCCCAUGCUUCCGAAGCAUAGGAACACAACCGAGAGAGGAGGCUGCGCAUUCAACCACGUCAUUAUCUCGGUAGACCCCGCCUGGUCCGAAGACUCAUUUCCUAGGUUGACUAUGGGCCCUACAGGAUACACGGUGGGUAUUUUAGUUUUAUAGUCCUGUAAAAUGGACUGGAGCACAUGUGAUUCCAGCUCCAUGAACGUGUUGACCAUAAUACCCUUAGCUCUUCGGAAGCUUCUAGCACGGUUGAUGAAGGCGGUGGCCCCCCCGUUUUCCUUGUCCAGCGCCGUGGACGGCAAAACUCCAGCGGGAACCGGGUUGACGAAACACGGGAUGGAUAACUCGUCCGACUCCUUGAGCUCGGUCGGGUCGAGGCCGAGUUCGUCGUGCAGUGUUUGGAGAUGGAGGGCGAGACCGAGAGCGCAGGCGCCGGAGGUGAAGAAGAGGUAGGAAGGGACGCCGAACUCGUCGGCCACGUCGAUCAUGGGGAUGCAGAACAUGUCGACGACGAACCCGGCCAGAUGGGCCGGGUCGGACUCGGACUCCGACCCGGUGAGUCCGAGUUGGGAGACGGCGUCCCUGACGGCCGGUUUGUAGGAUUCCAUGAAGGUAGAGAGGGUGGCGGGAGUGAAGGAGGGCGCCGGUUUUGCGGCGGCAGGCGGAGGGGGCAGAGGAGGGAGGUGGAGGAAGCGGAUCCGGGCGGCGACGGAGGAGGGGGUGGAUGAUGCGAGGGAGUGGGCGUAGGAGGGGGCUUUGGAGUGGUCGGAGGAAGGGAGGGGGAGGAGGAGGAGGGUGACGGAGAGGCGGCGAUGGCGGAGGAGGAGGAGCUUGGCGAUCUCCACCGUGGAGACCAGGUGGCCCACCAGAGGUGAGGGGAUGAACACCAGCUCUGCUCUUUUCUCCAUGCUGCUACCAACUUUUCCUU